ACGUGUGCGAAUCGUAGGAGUCGGGAGGUUUGGAGCAGUGUGGAGGUAAAAAGCUAGUAGAGCCGCCAGAAGGCUGUCCGAUGGAUUCACCCCGUUCGCCGUGUUUACGUCCAUCGCUUGCCUUCCUCUCGACGUUCGCGCUGCUCUAGAUUCACGCUCAUUCUCUCCUGCCCCUUCGCAUUGUCGCGUAUCGCCCGUGUUUCUAACCUAAAGAUCGCCCCCAUCGCACGCGAGGGAGAUGAAUGCCAUGCUCCUUUGAUAGAGGCGUCACGUCGUCGCCGACAUCACCGACACGCAGGCACAUCGGAUUCUUCGCAGUCCCCGUCGCAUCUGGGGAUCAUCGUCAAGGUCGAGACUGAGAAAGGCUGACGACCGGGAACUGCGAUCGUCCUAAGUACAGUUACUAUACCCAUAUACAUAAUACUACGUAUAGUAAUGUCUAUCCCUCCUCCAUCCUCCAACAAUAUAUCUGACAAUAAUAAGCUAGGCGGUGCCAGUCCUAGUCCAAUUGAGGGUAUUGAAGGAGUUCCAGGACCAAGUUCCUUGGAUCCUAUGCAUUCAGUGUUACCACAAGAUGAAGAAUUUGAGGACUAUGGAGAUGAUGAAGAGGAGGGUGAGGAGGAGAGUAGUGAAGGGGAAAGUGAGAUUAGCGACAGUGGAUUGUUUUGCGAUACCGAAGGUACGGCAGAAGUUGAGAGCUGCAACAAUUGUCAAUCACCUGUGUCACAGUCUCAAGUGGUUUUGUCUGAACAAGUUCAGAGUCCAGUAUCGCAUAAUUGUGUGCCAUCUGAUGCGACUCAACCUCAGAGAAAGCGAAAGAUUGAAACAGAGUGUUUUUUACCCUGUAAAAAACUUAAUCCAGAAGAAAAGUCUCAUACAAUGACUGCAAGAAAGUUAGAUGAUAAAGGUAAACAUGUGAGAUGUGUCAUUCCUACCAAGGACAAUCCUCCCCCUGAAAUGAGCAGUUGGCUUUUGCAAUUUCAGAGAUGGUCAAAUGCGGAAAGGAUGUUGGCAAUAGACGAAUUAAUAGAGAGAUGUGAGCCCACGCAAGUGCGUCACAUGAUGCAGGUAAUAGAGCCGCAGUUUCAACGCGAUUUCAUAUCGUUGCUACCAAAGGAGUUGGCAUUAUCGGUAUUAGCCUUUCUGGAGCCAAAGGAUCUUCUGAGAGCGGCUCAAACCUGUCGGAACUGGCGAUUCCUAGCCGACGACAAUCUUCUCUGGAAAGAGAAGUGCAAGGCAGCUGGUAUAGAGGACUUGAAGGAUCUACCACCGCCAAAACGAAAGAACUGUCGAAGCAGCAGUCAUAACUCGUCGCCGUGGAAGCAGGCCUACAUGCGGCAACACAAUAUUAAAAUGAAUUGGAGAACGAAGCCGAUUCGCCCGCCGAAAGUGUUAAAAGGCCACGACGAUCAUGUUAUUACAUGCCUUCAGUUCUCCGGAAACCGGAUAGUUAGUGGUUCGGAUGACAAUACUCUCAAAGUAUGGUCCGCUGUUACUGGCAAGUGUUUACGGACAUUGGUUGGUCACACUGGGGGCGUGUGGUCUUCGCAGAUGUCGGGUACAAUCGUAAUCAGUGGUAGUACGGACCGUACUUUAAAAGUGUGGAACGCGGAGACUGGUCAUUGUAUUCAUACAUUAUACGGUCAUACGUCGACGGUUAGGUGUAUGCAUCUGCAUGGUAACAAGGUUGUCAGUGGUAGUAGAGACGCGACACUGAGAGUGUGGCAGGUGGACACGGGGGAGUGCUUACAUGUGCUCGUGGGACAUCUAGCGGCAGUCAGAUGUGUGCAAUAUGAUGGAAAGUUGGUGGUUAGUGGUGCCUACGACUAUAUGGUCAAAGUUUGGAACCCAGAACGUGAGGAGUGCCUUCAUACCUUACAAGGACAUACUAACCGCGUUUAUUCCCUCCAGUUCGACGGUGUGCACGUUGUUAGCGGAUCAUUGGACACGAGUAUAAGAGUGUGGGAAGUAGAAACAGGUGCUUGUAGACAUACUCUGAUGGGCCAUCAGUCUCUCACCUCGGGAAUGGAGUUGCGCAAUAAUAUUUUAGUAUCAGGCAAUGCUGAUUCCACCGUCAAAGUAUGGGACAUUGUUAGCGGUCACUGCCUUCAAACUCUCUCCGGUCCGAACAAACAUCAAUCGGCGGUUACUUGCCUUCAGUUCAAUAGCCAUUUUGUAAUUACGUCUUCUGACGAUGGUACGGUAAAACUCUGGGAUGUUAAGACUGGUGAUUUCAUUAGGAAUCUAGUUUCUCUGGAAAGUGGGGGUAGCGGCGGUGUUGUGUGGCGAAUUCGAGCGAGUGAUACGAAACUAGUGUGUGCAGUAGGUAGUCGUAACGGUACCGAGGAGACGAAACUGCUUGUCCUCGAUUUCGACGUUGAGGAGCAUUUGUCAACGGUGGCAGACGAAAACGAGGCGACUGAGACGUACUGAAAACUGCGAAGCAAAAUGACAUUAAUUGAAGAAUCUCAUACCUCCUGGAGCAAACUGUCGACGACACGUCAUUCGCAUCAUACAGAUCUUUUUACAAGAAAUUUCAAACAUUUGUUAUAUAUUGCCACGUUUGUGUAACUUAUUAGCUGAGAUUCGCCAAACUAAGUUUUUUAAACUUUAGCUUUAACAUUUCUCGCGCGAUUAUGUAAUUUCAAACUUUAUUUGCCUAUAUAAAUAUCGAUCUGGUUAAAAACAAAUAUUUUUAUAAACGUUUUCAAACCAAUAUUUUUAUGAUUGACGUUUAUAAGGAGAAGGUGGUUUUUUUCGGCAAUUAUAUAGCAAAAUUUUUCUAACAAAAAAAUAUUUGAUUAAUAAUUUUUUCUUGUUGUGAUAAAACACUACUCCUUCAAAAGUUGCAUGUUUCACUCCAUUUUGGUGCAAUAUACAAAUGUAGCGCACUUAUUUGCGUGCAAUACAGAUUUACAAAACAAUGGGUAAAUACAAGUUUACACAGAACAGAACAAUUAGUCUUUGUUUUUGAUGAUUAAGCAUGUUAAUUUUACCAAUAUUGAGUGAACUUGCUAAACGGAGAAUAUUUGUAUUAGCCAGAUCUUCACGUUUAGUGCAAAUCAAAGACUUAGAAACAUUGAAUCAUUGUCACUGACGAUUUUUAUAUGGAUUCUACUGAAUCAUGUUAUGCAUGACAUCGGAUAAUGCAAUUUGUGCAAAUGCAUCUUUAUUAUUGGACCUAGGUUAGACUAGGUGUCAUGUUUAUUUGUAUAUUGCUCAAUAGUUUAUAUUAUAAGAAUGUGUUACCUGUUGUAUCAUUUUUUUAUAAGAAAUAGAAAAAAUAUGUUGCUGCAUAUUUUAGAUUUUGUUUUUUUUUUUUAAAUUUAUUACAAACUGUAAACAUGUUCUUGUGCUAAGAAACAUAUUUUGUACAAAAUAAAUGUUCGAUUUCGACUCUUUCUAU